AUGCCCGGCUCCGCCCGCCGCGCCCGCCCGCGCAGGAAUUUCCGCUCUGGGAGUCGCGGCCCGGGGCGGCGCCGGGGCGGGGCCGCCGCAUACCUGGGCCCACGUGGCCGCGCAGCAUCCCACAGGCCGCCUAGGAGACCGGUGGCUCCCACCAUGCGAUUUCGACGCCUGACCCCAGGCUACUUCCGGGUACUACAGAUGCAGGUAGCCGGGAAGCUGAAGGCAGAGCCCCGGAGUCCGCUGGCUGGGGUUGUGGCUACACUGCUGGCUGUCCUCGGGCUGGGCGGCUCCUGCUAUGCCGUCUGGAAGAUGGUGGGGCAACAGCAGCCGCCAGCACAGGCCCCAUGA